GUACAGCAAACAAGUGGUGACAGAAGCUGCGGCCUUGCGACGAUCGCUAUGGCUACAGGUCCUCGAGAAAGAAGAUGGACGGGCGGCCAGGCGUCAUUUUCGGCAGUCCUUUGCGCGCUUUGGAUUGCGUUACACAGCCAUUCAAAUGACCACGCCUUCACCAAUGCUGCCGCUAGGCCACUUUUUGGAAAGGUGGCUUUGCAUGCAAGCGACACCUUUGAUCCAUGGACGGUUCUGCAGAUCUCUCCAGAUGCAGGUCUAGAUGAGGCCAGGAAGGCCUACCGGAAACUGGCAGCCAAGUAUCAUCCAGAUAUAGACUCAUCGCCAAAGGCAACCGAGAUGUUUCAGAAACUGGUCCGCGCCCAGGCCAUUGUGACCGGGGAGGACAAGAAAUUGGAUGAGACCACCUUGCUUGCAAACGCCGUGAACAAUCUGCGUGACAACAUUGAGCUGCAGAAAGCGAAAAUUGAAGCUCUGAAGCAACAGGCAGCUGAAGAAGAGCAAAGGGUCAAAGAUAUGGAGGAGCAGCAGAAGAGAGCCGAGUCAAAGCGCGACCAGGUCAGCGGCGAGCUUGGGCUUCUUGGAGGUGGUGUGCUCGGACUCCUUGCGGGCGGUCCAACAGGACUACUGCUCGGCGCUGUGAUCGGCAUUGCGUUGGGCAAGCGAGCUGACAGCACUGGAAAGGUGAUUCGCGGUGCUGGGACUGUCGCCAAAGGAAUGGCUGAUGCUGUCUUCAAAGCUGUCAACAACAACUCUUCGUGAAGUUGCUCAGUUAAUGGCUUCUUUUCACUGGGUGCAGCGCAUCUCGGUGCGCGGCAUUAGCAGUUGCAAGCCCCGUGGCUUGCUCCCAGCCAAUGCGCCAUUAUUCCUGCAUGAAUGCGGUCGCAUGGCGAGGUUGGUCGCGACUUUGGGCUGCACAGUUGCCGUUGGAUCAUGGCAAUGCCGUGCCACUUGCCAAAUGCAUUUGAUCCGUGCCCAAGCCCCA